AUGGCCAACAGAGGAGGCAGGAGAGAUGUCCUGCAAACACUGGAUGACAGGGAAUUAUUGAGACGCUACAGAUUGGAUCGUGCAGGAAUCAUGGUUGUGAUGGAUCUCCUUAAAGAUGCAAUUACUUCACCAACUCGACGCCACAACGCUAUUACACCGGAGAAGAAAGUAAUCACAACCCUGAGGUAUUUGGCAACAGGGAAAAUGCAACAAUGCAGCAGUGAUGACUUGGGUCUGUCCCAAUCCUCCGUCAGCAGAGUCAUCACCCAAACACUGACAGCUUUGUCACAACCUAAUAUUGUGACACAAUUUGUUUCAUUUCCGCUGGAUGCCCGCACUUUACACACACAUAAAAGGGCAUUUAUGGACAUUGCAGGAUUCCCUGGCGUUGUGGGUGUAAUUGAUGGAACACAUGUGAGAAUAAUUGUGCCAUCAGAGGACGAGGCUGUCUUUGUUAACAGGAAGAAUUUCCACAGCAUCAAUGUGCAAAUAGUGUUCAAUGCGGCCUGUAAGAUCUUGGACAUUGUGGCUAAAUGGCCAGGCUCCACACAUGAUGCGAGAAUGCUCUCCGAGAGUGGCAUCAGACAGCUUUUUGAGAGACGCUAUGUGCCAGCUAAUUGCCACUUGUUAGGGGACAGUGGCUACCCAUGCAAACCAUGGCUCCUUACACCUUACCUCCAGCCACGCCAAGGGCCCCAACUAAACUAUAACAGGGCCCACAAGACAACAAGAGCGGUGGUGGAGCGUGGCAUAGGCCAGCUUAAGAGGCGCUUUCAUGUUCUCCAUGGAGAGGUGCGGCUGAGGCCUGAAAGAGUCAGCAAAGUCAUCAUAGCCUGUGCAAUAUUACACAAUAUUUGCAAGGUUAGACAGAUUGCAGAACCUCUGGAGGAUGGCGAUGAGGAUGGAGACAACGAUGAGGAUGGUGGUGAAGAAGAUAUUCACAUUCCACAGGGGAACCUAGCCCAGAGUGAACUGCCUUACAGGGCAAACUUCACAAAUUUACAUUUCAGGCAAGCUGUAGCCCCAUGUCAUUUGAGAACUUGUGAUGGUAUUAAGAACUACCACAGUUUUACUGCACAUCACCUGCAAUUGUUAAAUGCAAGACACAGAACACAAUCUCUAAAUGGGAUGCUGACGGAGCAGGUGCUGCGGAUGGGAAUGGUGUUUGAUCCGCCGGGCUAUCCUGAGUAG